CCAAUGCUUUAUUUUAUUAAAACAUUCUGGAAAUAAACACAUAUUGAUCUUUAAUUUCAGUGGCUUCUCUCCAGUUCAGAUAGGAAUCUUGGAUAUUUUUGGAUUUGAAAAUUUCCCCAGAAAUAGUUUUGAACAGAUAUGCAUCAACCUAGCCAACGAGCAGCUUCACCAGUAUUUCAAUGAGUACAUCUUUGAACGAGAACAGCAGGACUGUGCUGCAGAGGGAAUAGCCAUGACAGAUAUAGCAUUUAUCAGUAACAAACCCACUGUGGACCUGUUUCUGGCGAAACCACAAGGCAUCUUCUCAAUCUUGGAUGAAGAGAGUCACUUCCCCAAGGCGACAGAUCUUACUCUGGCCAGGAAGCUACAUCAGGGACCAGGUAAGACCUCCCCAGGGAUCUACCUACCCCCCAGGGAUGGAGGCCCCACCUUUGCCGUGAUGCACUAUGCAGGCAAAGUACAGUAUGAUGUGUGUGGAAUACUGGAUAAGAACAGGGACUCCCUUCCAACCUCUAUACUCUUUACCAUGAAAACCAGUGAUAGCCUUCAAAUCAAGGAAAUGUUUCAAGGUAAAGUAACCAGGACCGGCUCCCUGGCUCCCAGCACUAGACAACAGAAAUCUAGGAAGAUUUCUGGCACCAAGUCGGCCUUUGAAUUCUUCCAGAAGAGGAAAAGUAGGAAGGAAAGCAAGUUUGGUAAGGCCAGGAACAAACGAGAGCGACCUGUCAUGGGAACAGAAAGAAAGGGGGCGCUGACGGUGGCAUAUCAUUUUAAGAAUUCUCUAGCAGAUCUGAUGGCCAAAAUGAACUCGGCCAGCCCUCACUUUAUCCGCUGCAUCAAGCCCAACAUGGAUAAGACCGCCCUUGUCUGUGUGCCUGAGUAUGUGCUGGCGCAGCUCAGGUAUUCUGGUGUCAUGGAAACCGUGAAACUAAGACAACGGGGCUAUGCCAUGAGGAUCUCCUGUGAGGAUUUCCUUACCAGAUAUGAUGUGUUGUCACUCUGCUGUGUCCCCGUGGAAACUGGUCACAUGACUCCUCUACAGAAAUGCAAGCAGGCCUUGCAGAAUGUGAAAUUUCAAGAUUACCAGGUUGGCCACACAAAGCUGUUCUUUCGUUACUGGCACGUGGAACAGCUUGACAAGGUGACAGAGACCCUUCAGAGAAAAGUCCUUCUUGCUCAGAAAGUUGUGAGAGGAUGGUUGGAAAGAAGAAAAUACUCCAGAAAACUGGAAGUAAAGAGACAGCAGGACCGCUAUGUCUACCAGUUCUUGCAGGGUGUUUAUGACACUUGUGUGGCUGUGUUCUCCCAGCUGGAUUCUCAUCGAGUACAGGAUAUACAGAGACAGGAAGAGGAAGUAGAAGCAGAAAACAUGAGGAAGACUCUGGAAGAAAUAAAACGGAAAGAAGAAAACAGGCGUUCAAUCGAGGCUCUGGACUCCAUUUUGGAUCAGUACGAUGAUGAAAAGACUCCAGACAAUGUCUAUUAUCAACCAAUGGAUGGUUCAUUUGAUGUUGCCAUGGAAACCAGCACUGAGCAGGCACACUACAUGCCAAUGGCCGGCAGCGAUGAUGAAGUUUUUGGGAGCGACCAUCAUGUUUAUGGCAACAUUAAAAGAGAUGGAAUCAGUCAGGUGUCAAUCAGAGAGAGAGUCCCGCCUCCCAGUUCAGAGGAAGCAGCCUAUGCCAUCUCCCAUCUUUUCCCAGGAGAAGAUAGGAAAAUGUCAUUCGAGCACCUGCCACCAGCGCCACCUAUACCUGUUGGCCUGACCAGAGAAGAGUACCUACACUUUGUACAAGAAGCAAAGACUGAUCCCCAGGGCACAAAGCAGCCGCCCCCUGCAGUCCCUGUGCGUAGCCCUGACACCAGACUGAGCACUGGAAGUAUGUCGGAGCCACAGUCCAACACAGACAGAAAGAUUUUGGGGGACUACGACCUUCCUGCCGAUUACGACAUUGCCUGUCCUGUGAUUCAGCCACCAGAAACUGAAGAUCAAGGUGAUAGCUGUGACCUUGACCCCUAUUCUCUUCCCCCUCCUCCCUUAGCCUGGCUCAACUCAAUCAGGAGAAAGGGAGAGAAGCCAAUUUCGGAAGUUCCACCACCAGAUGGCAGUGCAGGUGCUCUUCCAGUGGAUCUGGAAGACUAUGAUCAGGUUGAACAGGUGGUUGCAGCUUAUAGGAAGUCACAGAUGCCAACAGGUGGCGUUGGUGCACACCAGCAGAGGGCAGCACAACAGAUGAGUGGGUCACAACAAGAAUUACCAUCCAGGUCAACAGAACAAAGAUGGCCUCCACAAGAGAUGAACUUCCCAAAAGGGAGAAAAGUAGCACCCCCAGCAGUUUUGCCAAAGCCAAAGAAAAGCUCUAGCAGCACGCCUACCACCCCAUCUGCUCCUUUAAAUCUUGGUAGUCCAACUCCAUCACAGACAGACAGUACGCAGAGUAAAAUCCCAAUGAAACCACCUGUGAAGAACAGUGAAAACGCACAACAAGUACCAAGAAAUAAACCUGUCUCAGACAUGAGACCCGUGGCUCCCUCUGCAGACAUGAGAAGAGCUUCCAAACCAGUCCAGCCAGGGCCACCUGCCACCUACAUUGCACCUCCUCCACCCUCUUUUGUACCUCCUCCUCCGCCUUCAGUGAACCAAGCACAACAAAGACCCCCAAAGCCUAGUGGGCCAUCACCUGGCAAUGUUUCACAGGGACAGUCUGGAGCAGUGGCUGCCAAGGUGCCCAAAUCUCCUGUUAAGCAAUUACCAGCUUCUCCAGGACCUCAGACAGAAGCGGGUCAAAGGUCAAACCUACGUCCUGGUGAUCGUUCCCCAUUAACCACAAGUGGUGCAAGGUCAUCCUCUGGUGGGGUGCAGGAUGGUCCCCCAUCUUUCGUCCCCCCACCUCCACCUGGUGCUCCUGGAGGCAAAAGGAGCUCACAAGGGCCUCCCCCCUCACUCGCCCCCCAGCCAAAACAAACAAGUGGCACAGGGGGUCCUCCAUCCUUUACUCCACCCCCUCCAUCACCAAAACAUACUGUCCAAGGAGGACAGAGUAGGCAGCCACCAGGACAUCAUGGGCCACCUCCAAGACCUCCAAGCACAGCUUCACAGCCACCUCCAUCUCCCAGGCAUAGUAGUAGCCCAAACAGACCAAAGGUCAGUCCUCCAAGGCCCCCUUCACAGGGUGACAAGAAUGUUUCUGGACAACCAGGACCAACGGCGCUUGGACAACCUUCCCUUCCACAAAGUAAAGAGGCUGUGACACAGAGAGGCAAUGGAAAUGGGGGACAGAAUAACCAGAAAAGAAUGUCUGGGCCAUCUUCAGCAGUGGCCAAACCUCCACCCAGUCCACCAGCCUUGCAGAAUACAACACCUGCUAAAGUACUGAAACCCAAAUCUCCACAUACGCCUAUGGGUGCACCCCCUCCACCACCCCCACCCCCUGUAUCUCCUGCAACAGGUAAACCAGCACCCACACCCUCAUCUGCACCCCCACCUCCACCACCCCCUCCUCCAGGUCCACCCUCUAACAUCCCUCCCCCUCCUCCCCAGGUCCACCCUCGUCCAUCCUGCAAUAUCCCUCCUUCUUCUAAUGUACCCCCUCCUAACCUACCCUCUGCCCCACCCCCACCACCCCCUCCCCCUCCACCCCCUUCCACAUCAUCAGCACCACCUGGUGGCCUGCUGGCAGGGAUUGCCAAUGCCAAACUGAAGAAAGUGGAGACUGGACCAGGAACAGAUGAAGAGAGACCAAUGAAAUCAUCAAAGCAGACGUCAGCCCAGUCUGCCCUCAUUGCACAGAUUCAAGGAGGCAUAAAGUUGAAAAGAAGUCCUGGGCCAAAGAUAAAAGAAAUUCACAGAAAUGAUUCUGUAAAGGUGAAGAAUGGCCCAGACAGCACUGGCAAAGUAGCAGGCACAGGACAAUCCAGUAUAGACCCACCAGGGGGCACUGCAAAACAGGAGGGUCCAUUGUCACCAGGUGAAGGCACAGAACAAAUAAAUAAUACCCAACAAGGUGCCUCAGAUUUCCCAAGAUCGCCUUCAGGACCAAAUGUGACUGUGGUACCAGUUGGUAACAGACCUGUGUCACCCCAAACUCCAAAAAAUAAUGCCCAAACCACAGUGUCUUCAGCCAUAGUGACCACAGACAUGCCUGGACCUGCUGGACCAGCCACUCAGAAAGGAGCUGAAGAAGAAAGUGUCACUUGGUCAAUAUCAGAGAAAAUGAAUCGACUGCCGUUGGCUGGAGAAGCCCCAGUGGAGGGCACCCCUGCAUGGAAACGUCAGCUAGAUGAAAAGAAGAGACGAGAAAAGGAAGAGGAAGACCGGAUUGAAGAAGAGCGUCGCCGCCAAGAAGAGAUUAAGUGGGCCGGUGUGCCAGAAUGGAAGAAAGCAAUUAUAUUGAAAAAAGAAAAUGAGAAGAAGGCUGUAGAAGAGCAAGCAUUGGCGGAGGAGAGAAGAAAGCGUGAAGAAGAGGCAGAAUACCGCAGGAAGUAUCCCUGGAAAUUCCCAAACAAAGACAACAGUGUUUCCAAUGGAAACUAAUGACUUUCACUUUCACUUUCACUUUACAUCACAGAAACUUUUAUAUGGGGAAAUAAAGUCUCUUCACAGAAAUUGACAUGAAUCCAUGAUGAUGAUGAUGUUGAAAGUGUGCUUCUAUAAUUGAAUGCAGAGUUAGGAGAAGUUGGGAUUUUAUAUUGUAUGUACACAAACUUAAUAUUAUAGUAAUUCAUCUAUCAGCUUUAAGGAUGGUCACCCUAGCUUCUAUUAAGGGAAAUGUUGUCUUUUGAUUCUGCAUCCAUUAAACUAAGUUUUAGCUGGAAAAAUUGAGUUUGAAAUAUUGAUACCAUAUCCACACUGACCAAUAACUGGAACAAAUAAUUCUAUAAUGUUACCACAUUAAGUAUUAUUAUACAUGUACACAAGAUAAGUAUUAUUAUACUUGUACACAAGAAGUUCUUCGUUGUACCUGAAAUAUGACAUAUAAUUAGACUUAAAACUGUGUCCAAAAUUGGUGUAAGAUCUUGCAUCAUUGGGUUAAUGAUACUUGUACCUUUGUUUAAAUGAUUGCAUUACAGUAUCCUGUGGACAGAAGAAAUUGAUUGCUAUAGCUUUACAAAUGUAACUAUCUUUGGUCUCUGGGCUAUAUACUGAUGCUAUAAAAUUAAAUGUACAGGUAUUGUUAUGCUGCCUUGAAAUUAAGCAGUGUAUAUUUCAUUUGUGUCAGGUUGAUGACGCAUAUUUAAAUAUUCAAUACUGGCCACUUGCAUGGGUAUAUAUUAUUUCUGACCUUUUUACUCGGCAUAACGCUUGAUGCAGCAUAAUCACAACUAGCACAAUGACCAGUGCAACAUGUUUUCUCACCUAACACAAUUAAAUGACUGGUACAACACAUUCACAACUAACACAAUGCUUGGUGCAAUAGGUGACACUACAUAGAGACAGCUAACACAGUAGUGGGAGCGUUUAUCAUCAAAGUAAAUGUCAAUAUUGAAAAAAUAUAACAUUGUUUUAAAUGUAUCCAGACAACUUAAAAGAUUUGAAAUAUGUUAAAAAUGAUAUGUUUUGAAAUACAUAUAUCCUAAUCAAGAGAUUUAAAUAUAUUAGAAAUACAAUAUAUUAUUUAGUCAGAUGGGACAAGAACAUACAGAAUAAUAUUAAUAAACAAAAUGAGUAUUAUUUAAUACAAUUUGGUAUGGUUUGGAAAGGAUUCAUCAAUAAAAUAGCUUUUUCCAUCGACUGAGUUUAGAAUUGGCAGUGCUUUAAUUUAUACAUUACUGGCUUGUUGCAUGAUAAUACCAAAUAGAAUUAAGUAUUUGGUGUCCUUGUUUUGUUAUUUGUUAGAUUGUUGGUAUGUGUUCAUUAUUGUACCCUUAAAGCAUUUACUGUUUGUUACCAGGUAAUUUUCAUUUAAAUCAAAUUUGUUAUUUUUAUUACAAUUUUAUAAUUUCGACAAUCUUAAAUAUGCUAGAGUAUAUUGUGCUAUUUUAUUUCAUCAGUUAAAAGGAGCACUGAUAUGUAUAGAAAGCAAAACAUUUUGGGUAACAAAUCGGCCUUUUAUUUCAAAAUUGCCAGUAUUUGACAGUAAGAAUUGAAUUAUUCAUUAAGUGUUUAUGUACGCUAUAGCCAAAGGGUCAAGUUUUAGUUUAAAACUUGUAAUAUUUGGUUAUCAAUUGACAAAUUCAAUAGGAUUUCACACUGAUGGGAAAAAUAAAAACCAAUUAAUGCAGUGUGCAUAUUUUCAUUUUCUACUGUCUACAAAUUAUAAAUGCAAACUGCAAAUUAGGAUUGAUUUGGUGGCAUUUUCACGUCAUAUUGGUAAAUAAGCAUUAAUUUCCUUGUCAUUUUGGAAGAAGGCAUAAUCUGCAGUUAGCCAUAGUAUUUUAUGUCAUAAUCUCAUAAUAAAACUGACAACAGAGCCAUUGUUUGUAAUUUUAUCAUGAAAUUCUGCAACUCUGUGCAAUAAACGUUUAGUGAGCUUGUGACUUUUGGGAUUUGCUUAAUUAAAUUAAAUAAAUGUUUUCCAAUUCAC